GUGCCAUUAAAUUUUGCUAAGCGGCGACGUAUGUAUGUAAAAUUGCGCUCAACAUGAGAAAGCUUCGGAAUUAGUCCCCCUUUUAAGCGUCAGCCCAAAAUUCCACCCCCCUUUCAAACUCACUGAUGCUACAUAAAGAUGAAAAAGUUCCUUUGGGAGAAUGGCGUGAAAGUCUCCUUCGGCGUGCUGGGCAUAAUUUACGUCCUCUACCUGAAGCGGUUUCUGAUCCAGGAAUGGGGGAUAUACCAAAUGAAGAAAAGGGAGAGAGACAUAACCACCAACAAAAUUCAAAUUUAUGAAGACCACGAAAAUGUGAAGCACAUUUUGGACGAGGAGAAGAGCAAAACACACCGGAGGGCGUUCGACUAUGGAAGGAAGGGUUGAGCGGCGAGCCAGGGGGAUGAACUAACGACCCAAAAUUGUUCCGCCUUCGUUUUCCAUUUUGGCGAAGCAAAGAGAGACGGAAGAGAAAAAAAGCAGCUGCGUCGUAACGGAUGUGUAUUUGUUUCACAAGUGGAGUGAAACACCUCUCCUCGUUGUAGUUCCCUUUUUUUUUUCUUCCAUUUGUGCGCCCCUUUUUGAUGUCAUCUGGAAUGGUCAAUUUAUCGAACGAGCCUCCAUUAUGGGCAAGACGUUACUGUGUGCAAUUUGGCACAUCCUUACAUCUCCACCUGAACGGCUAAGUCAACUUGUGUGUGCAUGUACACAGGUCAGCAAUCUUUAAAACGAAGUGUAACGUUCUCCCCUUUUUACGUUUUUAUGGAUCGAAUUCGCCACUCGUUUCUUUUUUGUUUGCCCUAAACUGGUGCAUGUUGUGGGACUCCCCUGUGAAGGGUUCCCCGUUAAGCAACUCCUCCACUUUUCCAUUUCCUAAGUUGGCUUUACUUUGUU